UUGGUAGGUGGGGAGUUUGCAGCCCGAGUCGGGGGUAGGAGGGACCUGCAGAGAGAGCCGAAGCUCCCCGGACAACAGCGGGAGGGGUUGGCAUCUGCAGCGUACCCAGGUCUUCCUAGCUGCGUCUCAGCGGGACCUUCCCCGGCGGACCCCCCCAUUUGACAGAUGAGAAAAUUGAGGCUGUACAAGGCCAAGUGACUCUCAAGGUCACACAGCGAGGAAGCGGCAGAACCAGGCGGCGAUGUCUCUGGGUGGCUCCUAGGAAAAGUCUACCAGAGAACUCCAUAGAGGAGCCCCUGGCUUCCCACCCCAGGCCUGGGGGAGUAUGUGUAGGGGUGGGGUACCGGCGGUGAGGCACGGCUCUGCCAGCGUCCAGGGGUGAGGACUGUCAGGGAGCUGGGACCGCAGGGCUGGUCCUGUACUGCAGAUGAAGGGGGCGGGGGCGAAAUGGGCGUGUGUGUGCACCCACGGGGUGUGUUCAUGUGUGGGAGAGUGUACAUGCGUGUAGGUGCACGGUCUUGCGUGUGUGCACACGUGUGUGGAUGUCAGUGCUGUCGUGGCUGCAGAGCUCCAGGCUGGCCUGGCUCUAGUGAGCAGCAGGUCCGGAAGCCGGCCGCUUCAGCGGGUUUGCAUUUUGGGAUUGAGAGCUCGGUAUGUGUGCGGGGGUUCCUUCGUGCAGGUGUGCGCGGUUUGAGGGCCAUUGUGUGUGUGAGAGAGGAUGGGAGGGAAAUUGUCAGAGGCCGGGCUGUUUGUGAACCUCAGAACUCUGGCACCCCAGUGGGGGGUUCCUGGCCUUGGGUAUAUGGAAUGGGUGUCUGCUCUUGCACGGGUGCGUCUCACUGCCAGUGACUGGAGUUGCUGGUGGAGUCUCUCCACCAGGCACUCUUCACCCCCCACGGCACUAGCGCCCCCUUCUGGCCACCCUACUCUGCGUGCCCGAGUGUGGACGGCCUGUGUGUGCAUUCAGUUCGACUGUGCGGUAUGGGAGCCUGGGUCAGGAGUCGGGGCUGAGGAUGAAGAUGGCCUGCGGAAGGGCUGAGCCGGGAUCCUUGGGGCCGUCACGGAGGAGGUGGCUUGGCAGCGCGCGGUUCCCAGGCUCAGGCUUCCCGCUGACGCCUCUGAGCCGCAGCGGGCUCUCCCCCCCCUACGCCCCCCCACUCCCAGGAAUGUUCCUUUCCACUCCAGCCCCCCUCCUAAGGGCAGGCCCCUGGGGGCUGCCACAGCCCCGCCUCCCCUUCCUGGGAGCCCGAGAGGGGGCGACGCGGGCAGGACGCCUGGGUUCCUCCCCCCUCUCAUCCCAGGGAGAAAUUCCUCCGAGGUCCCCUCAGGCUCUGGGUUCCCAAAAUAACCCUGCGGGGGAAGGGAAGCUGUGGAAGGAGGGAAGCGGGAGGGGCGCAGAACCGGGCUGCGGGGUGCUGCAGGUGCCUCUGGGGAGAGGACUUGAGGACGAGAGGGCCUACGGGGAGAGGGGGCUGGGACACCACCCAGCCCCCAGAGUCCUGACUCGUCUCCAUCCCCGGGGAGUCCCUCAGUCCUCCCGCGACUCCAAGGGUGGGCCGGAAGCUUCUCGGCCGGUUUGUUUCCCAACUGGUGGGUUGCACCAUCCCGGGCCAGACCGUUUAACCCCGGGAGUGGCCGCGGCGGACGACUCCGCCCCUGCCCAGCAGGGGGCGUGCACGCCCCGCCCCGUUUCUGCCCACGGGGUCGCACGCCCGGCCCGCGCCUCCGCGCACUACCGCUCUGCCUGUCUCCGGACAGGGGUCUGGUCCGAGCCCCGUGGGAGGCUCCUGGAGCGCAAGUUGGCCCAGCCUACCCCGCCGGCGGCCAUGGCGGGCACCCUAGACCUGGACAAGGGCUGCACCGUGGAGGAGCUGCUCCGUGGCUGCAUCGAAGCUUUCGUUAGAUGACUCCGGGAAGGUGCGGGACCCGCAGCUGGUGCGUAUGUUCCUCAUGAUGCACCCCUGGUACAUCCCUUCCUCUCAGCUGGCGGCGAAACUGCUCCACAUCUACCAACAAUCCCGGAAGGACAACUCCAGUUCGCUGCAGGUGAAAACAUGCCAUCUGGUCAGGUACUGGAUCUCAGCAUUCCCAGCGGAGUUUGAUUUGAAUCCUGAGCUCGCUGAGCAGAUCAAGGAGCUGAAGGCUCUACUAGACCAGGAAGGGAACCGCCGGCACAGCAGCCUCAUCGACAUCGAGAGCGUCCCCACCUACAAGUGGAAGCGGCAGGUGACCCAGCGGAACCCGGUGGGACAGAAAAAGCGCAAGAUGUCCCUGCUGUUUGACCACUUGGAGCCCCUGGAGCUGGCGGAGCAUCUUACGUACUUGGAGUAUCGCUCUUUCUGCAAGAUCCUGUUCCAGGACUAUCACAGUUUCGUGACUCACGGCUGCACUGUGGACAACCCUGUCCUGGAGCGAUUCAUCUCCCUCUUCAACAGCGUCUCCCAGUGGGUGCAGCUCAUGGUUCUCAGCAAGCCCACCGCGCCGCAGCGGGCCCUGGUCAUCACGCACUUUGUCCACGUAGCAGAGAAACUGCUGCAGCUGCAGAAUUUCAACACGCUGAUGGCGGUGGUCGGGGGCCUGAGCCACAGCUCCAUCUCCCGCCUCAAGGAGACCCACAGCCACGUGAGCCCAGAGACCAUCAAGCUCUGGGAAGGUCUGACGGAACUAGUGACAGCCACCGGCAACUAUGGCAACUACCGGCGCCGGUUGGCAGCCUGUGUGGGUUUCCGCUUCCCCAUCCUGGGUGUGCACCUCAAGGAUCUGGUGGCCCUGCAGCUGGCACUGCCUGACUGGCUGGAUCCCGCCCGGACCCGACUGAAUGGGGCCAAGAUGAAGCAGCUCUUCAGCAUCCUGGAGGAGCUGGCCAUGGUGACCAGCCUUCGGCCCCCAGUGCAGGCCAAUCCUGACCUGCUGAGCCUGCUCACGGUGUCUUUGGAUCAGUAUCAGACGGAGGAUGAGCUCUACCAGCUGUCACUGCAGCGGGAACCUCGCUCCAAGUCCUCGCCGACCAGCCCCACGAGCUGCACGCCGCCUCCCCGGCCCCCAGUGCUGGAGGAGUGGACCUCGGUGGCCAAACCCAAGCUGGAUCAGGCGCUGCUGGUGGAACACAUCGAGAAGAUGGUGGAGUCUGUGUUCCGGAACUUUGACGUCGAUGGGGACGGCCACAUCUCGCAGGAGGAGUUCCAGAUCAUCCGUGGGAACUUUCCUUACCUCAGCGCCUUUGGGGACCUCGACCAGAACCAGGAUGGCUGCAUCAGCAGGGAGGAGAUGGUUUCCUACUUCCUGCGGUCCAGCUCCGUGCUGGGGGGCCGCAUGGGCUUCGUACACAACUUCCACGAGAGCAACUCCUUGCGCCCGGUCUCCUGCCGCCACUGCAAGGCCCUGAUCCUGGGCAUCUACAAGCAGGGCCUCAAAUGCCGAGCCUGUGGUGUGAACUGCCACAAGCAGUGCAAAGAUCGCCUGUCAGUCGAGUGUCGGCGCCGGGCCCAGAGUGUGAGUCUGGAGGGGUCUGCACACUCACCUUCACCCACCCACACCCACCAUCGGGCCUUCAGCUUCUCCCUGCCCCGCCCCGGCAGGCGAGGCUCCCGGCCUCCAGAGAUCCGAGAGGAGGAAGUUCAGACGGUGGAGGAUGGCGUCUUCGACAUCCACUUGUAAUUGAUGCUGUGAUUGGAUCGAGCACUCAUGCCUGCUUUGGAGAAAAGACUUGGACCAGAGCAGGGAGCCGGGGGUGCUGGGGCAGCAGGCUGGGGCUGGGGGGCGGGGUGUGAGGGUGGCAUGCGGCUGAGGGCAGGGCCAGGGCUGGUGUCCCUAAGGUUGUACAGACUCUUGUGAAUAUUUGUAUUUUCCAGAUGGAAUAAAAAGGCCCGUGUAAUUAA